GACAUUGUAACUUUCAAUAUGUUAGUUCAAAAUCUUUUGCAAAGUAUAUGACUAAAUACAUCAUGAAACCAGAACGUUCUGAGUUAUUUGAACUGAGUGAACAUAAUGCUUACCGGUCUCAUGUUUUGGCUAGAAGACUUGGAACUAUUGAACUUACGAUCCUUCUGCUUGGUUAUUCGAUUUGCCAAUCUUCGAUUGCUGUUCAAUAUUUGCCAUCUUUACCUCCUAACAUAAAAACAAGAUCUGUAAAACCAAUUUAUUUGCUAAAUGAUGAUAAUUCCAAUCCCUACUGGGAUGAUGCGAUUGAUAAAUACUUUUCUAGACCCAAUGAUCCUAUUUUUCAUAACAUUACGUACCCACAGUUUCACCAACUCUAUCGAAUACAACCUAAUCCUCCAAAUUCAAAUACAACUUAUUGGAUUGAUUUACAAAGAAGAUAUGUAAUAAAACGAAAAAAAUCUAUAUUAGUACGAUUCCAUCAUUUAACUGCUGAUGAUGGCGAACCUUACUUUUACCAGCAAUUAUUACUUCAGUUGCCUUGGAGAAAUGAGCAAGAAUUACUUGAUCAGUAUCCUGACUAUCGAUCCCACUAUCAAUCAAAAUUCCCUGAACAAUACGCUAUAUCUAUACAAUAUCUCU